UUAUAAACCAACGUGUUAGUAUCAUAAUUUCCUCAAGCGCUCAUGACUCAUGUUUACGUUGUUCAGAGCGCUGAUGCUAAGCUAAGCUAAGCUAAGCUAACUGUACACAGUGUUGUGUUUGUGAUAUGAACUGGUCAAUAGUCUGUUUUUGAGGAUGUACACUUUAUUAUCGGGUCUCUACAAAUAUGUAUUUCAAAAGGACGAGUAUUGCAUCCUGAUCCUCGGUCUGGACAAUGCGGGAAAAACGACAUUUCUGGAACAAACAAAAACCAAGUUCAGCAGAAACUACAAGGGCAUGAACCUUUCGAAGAUCACAACUACAGUCGGCCUGAACAUCGGCACCAUUGAUGUGGGAAAAGCUCGUCUGAUGUUUUGGGAUCUCGGAGGACAAGAAGAACUACAGUCUUUAUGGGAUAAGUACUAUGCAGAAUCUCAUGGUGUCAUCUAUGUCAUCGACUCCACCGAUGAGGAGCGACUGGGCGAGUCAAAGAACGCUUUCGAGAAGAUGAUCAGCAGUGAAGUUUUGGAGGGAGUUCCUCUUCUUGUGCUGGCGAACAAACAGGACAAUGAGAACUGUCUGUCUGUGUCCGACAUUAAGACGGCUUUCAGCGACUGCGCUCCCAAAAUCGGUAAAAGAGACUGUCUGGUGCAGCCCUGCUGUGCUUUAUCAGGGCAGGGCGUGAAUGACGGCAUUGAAUGGAUGGUCAAAUGUGUGAUCCGGAACAUUCACCGGCCACCCAGAGAGAAAGACAUCACAUAGAGCGACUUCUGUGUGAGAGUGUGUGAGAGAGUGUGUGUGUGAGAGAGUGUGUGUGUGUGUGUGUGAGUGU